GUAAUUGUCCGAGCGCUCUAUGUGUCCAUAACCGUCCACACAAACACAACGGGCACGGCACUCCGUCAGACGGCCAGCCGGCCAGCCAUGAACACACACUUCUUAUCACUCCCGCACUGUCUGUUGGAGCGGCCGGCACUCUAUGGCCUCAGUGCGAUGGCUGGCGGCGUCGUUGGUGGGUGCGGUGUCUCAUUCAUUCGCCGUCGCUCCCGUGUGAUGUGAGCUGUGAGUCGACGAGUGCUCCGGGUGGUCGGAUGGCGGCGGUGCGGCGCUGUGUGUCUGGGCGGCUCCGGCGGCGAACCAUGGAUGUGCCAACGCAUCGGACGCUGAGGGCAUUGCACACACAGACACAUAAGCGGCGAUCGACAAAUGGCCUGGGUGGGUGGGUGUGUGUGUCUACCUGAUGGGAUGCGUUUGCCUUUGUCGGCCGUCAGCAGCCGACGGACAAUGUCCGCGGCCUCCGGCGACACCUCGUCAGUCGAGAGGAAAGGCACUCCCUGACCCACACGCACAUUGGCGUCGGUGGAUGGAUGGCCAAUCUAUGUGUCCUUCCCUCUGUAGCCUGCCAACUGACUGACCUGCCUCAUUGCACUAGUGACCUGCCUCAUUGCACUAGCGGAGAUGCUGCCGUCGCCCCGCACAUUGAAGGGGAAUCGGCCGGUGAGCAAGAAGUAUCUGAAAGAGGGAGGGACACACACGCGACAGACAUCCACACACGUACAUGAGUGUGUGUGUGUGUUUGUGGUUGCUGUCCGCACAUGGCGACUCCGACGGCCCACAGGUCGCUGGCCGGACUGUAAUCCAACGACGCAAAGCACUCUGGCGCCUACCGAUGGAUGCAACACACAUGAAUGACACACAGACAUAUAUAAUCUUUUGUGUAUGUGGCAGUGUGUGUGACAGCUGAGAGUGUCAGCCAGCUUACAAGGUACUGACGCGUGCCGGCCAGACCCCUCAACUUUGGGCUCUCGGGCGUCAGUAUGUUGUCGAAAUCGACGAGCAUCACGCGGCCAUUCUCACCCUUGACAAUGUUGCCCAGCGAAACGUCGCCAUGUGUUAUCUGCACACACACACACACACACAGCCACACGUGUGAUCCAUAUAUCCGACCCUCUGCCUGUCAAGGUACAAUCGUUCACUGACCCCGUGUAUGUGCAGCACAUCGAGUCCCCUCAGCGCCCCCUCAGCAAUGUGCCUGGCGUCCUCCUCGUCCACUCGCCCUCUCUCGCAGUCUUCGCCCCUCGCCCAUUCCAUGAUGACAUAGAAGGACUGGGCGUCUUGUGCCAUCUCCAUCACUCGGCAGAGGUGGCGACAGGGGGGCAGCCGCAUGACGUGCUCGUAGUUGGAAAAGAACUCACUCUCCGUGAAGAGCGAAGUGGGCUGCCUGCACACACACAGACAGACGCAGAGGGACACAUAAAUGGAUGGAUGGAGGAUUGAGUGGAUGGACGGCUGGCUCACCGGUAGUCCUUGCGCAGGGCCUUGAGGGCCCAUAGGUCGCCGGAUAGAGUGCUCCGCACCUUGAAGAUGUACCCAUUGCUGACCCACACACACAAGUAGAGUCACACUGGAUGGAUCGAUUCUCGCGGCUCUGACUGACUUACCCGCCUUGGUCGACCGGCGCGACAAACUGCAGCGCAUUGGCCGCCAGCAUUUCCCAGCAGCCCGCAAACGUUUGGAUGCCCCCCAAGAUCCCAUCCCCUGCCGCGUUGCCACUGGCGUCUCCUUCAGCCACUCUGGGUGCCUCCUGCGCUCCUUCAGUUGAGGUCGAGGGGACGGUGUCAGAGGUGGUCUUCUGCUGCUGGUUGUCUGUCGUCUCGGUGUCGCUGGUGUGGCAGCUGCUGCAGCUGUUGGUCGAUCUCCUUCUGUUCCUCUUCGAGCUCCUGUUCUUUGCGGCGCAUU